GUUCUUUAAUUUUCUUGGUCCAUUUUAAAGAAACCUACUAUAACGGGUCUAUCCUUAAUGAUUUGUGGAGAUUGAUGUCUAGUUAUAAAUCAAUUUGUUGGCAUGGAUGUUAGUUGUGAAGUGAAUAAAACCUGAAUAUCAUGCUUGCGAAAUGUGAUUUUUAUCAUAAAUCUUUUAUUAAGGCAUCAUAUUAAGUCAUACAUGUAAAGUGUAGUGGAGUCUGUUUUUAUUAAUAUUUUUAAACAAAAUGAUGAGGUAAUGUAGUCAUGUGUUCUUAUGCUUUGGUACUCUUAAAUUUUGUUUUUAACUAUUCCCCUCUGGUUGUCACAUCAUCAGUUUCAUAUAUUCAAGCAGUAUCGGCAUAUUCUUUCAUAACUGUUUUAUAUUUUUGGUCUCUUCACCUGUUGGUGCUGCAGAGAAACUUUUGCUAAAGUUUGCACUGGUUUCUCUCUGCUAAAUUAACAAUUUGCAAUUUCUUCCAUCAGAUUGUGUUACAUGGAAGUAUACGCAUGUCAGAGAAAAGGUUACUUCGAUGUGUAGAUUUUUUUAAUUAACUGUUGCUCUUUGUAUCUAUGUAAUCUGACAAACUUGGUGUUAACCAGAUUUUUUACCUUUAAAUUGGUCUGACAUGAUCUCAUCUCUUCUUGUAGAUCAAAGUAGUUCUGUUUGAUAUAUUAUUAGUGAGGAACUAUAUUACUUGUUUUAAUUAUUGAUUAUGAGCUUCUUCCAUUAAAUUUAGGCGUUAUAAAGACAAGAAAGAGGAGGUUGCUGAGCCUGAGGCUGAUCCUGAGAGGGACCAGCGCACAGUAUUUGCUUAUCAGAUCAAUUUAAAGGCUGAUGAAAGAGACGUAUAUGAGUUUUUCUCAAGGGCUGGAAAGGCUAUCAUUUAUGCUCUCUUAUGGUGCAAUUGUUUAAACCUGUAGAGUGUCUAUCAGUGGAUCAACGUUUUGUACGGGAUGUUCGUCUUAUAAUGGAUCGAAAUUCAAGACGUUCUAAGGGAGUGGGAUAUAUAGAGUUCUAUGAUGCAAUGUCUGUCCCAAUGGCAAUUGCUCUAUCUGGUCAACCUCUUCGUGGCCAAGCUGUAAUGGUUAAGCCAUCAGAGGCAGAGAAGAAUUUGGUGCAAUCUACCACUGGAGCGGGAGCAGGUGGAGGUGGUGGACCAUAUUCUGGUGGAGCCAGAAGAUUAUAUGUUGGCAAUCUUCAUUUCAACAUUACAGAAGAUCAACUCCGACAGGUCUUUGAGCCGUUUGGUACUGUUGAGCUAGUUCAGCUACCCCUGGACGAAACUGGACAUUGCAAAGGUUUUGGUUUUGUUCAAUUUGCACGCCUUGAAGAUGCGAGAAAUGCUCAAAAUUUAAAUGGCCAGUUAGAAAUUGCUGGCAGGGUGAUAAAGGUUUCUGCUGUGACGGAUCAAGUUGGCGUGCAGGAAGUCGGUACAAAUGCUGCUGAUCUUGAUGAUGACGAGGGUGGCGGAAUGUCGCUAAAUGCCCAUUCUAGAGCUCUCCUUAUGCAAAAAUUGGACCGCAGUGGCUCUGCUACAAGUGUAGCUGGUGUGCUUGUCAAUCCAGCUGUUACCACCCCUGCCCUUGCUGUACCAACAGCUUCAGUUCUUGGUGCUCCUCCUGUGGUAUCUCCCCUUAUACAACCAACUAUACCCGCCCUUGCAGGUCUUCAAGCUUCAGCUAUGCCAAUUGCUUCUAUCACCACAACUGUUGACACCAUUGGGUUUCCUAGUGAAUGCUUACUGUUGAAGAAUAUGUUUGACCCUGCUGUUGAGACUGAACCGGAUUUUGAUCUUGAUAUUAAAGAAGACGUUCAAGAGGAAUGUCAAAAAUUUGGAAAAGUGAAGCAUAUCUUUGUGGACAAGUAUAGUGCUGGCCACGUAUAUCUGCGUUUUGAGAGUACAAAUUCAGCUAUGGAAGCACAGCGUGCGCUCCAUGGGAGGUGGUUUGCUGGAAAGAUGAUUACAGCAACAUUCAUGCUGCCGCAGAGCUAUGAAGCGAAGUUCUCAACAUAAUAGAAGGCUGCUUAUUGGUCUCGUGAAUUAGUGCUGAAAAUUUAAGUCAUUGGAUCGUUCCUAAUUAUUUGUGGAAGGAUCUGGUGGAUCUUGUUUGGAUGAUUUUCCCAUGUAUGUACCCCCCUAUUUUAGGUGCUGAAAAUGACUUGGGAGUAGCAAUUCGUCUCCUGUAACGUUGUGUAGUUAUUAUAGAGCCAUUUGUUUUAGUUUAUAUUGCCAGUAUUUUUGAAUGGAAAUGAGAAGAUCGUUAUCAAUGCUAGUAGAUGUAAAAUUUUCUUUUC